AUAAAUCUACCCAUUAUUUAUCCUAUUAAAAUGACAAUAAUAUUUAUAAUUAUAAUAGUAAUUCUAAUUUUAUUUUAUUUUUUUUCAUCGUUCUCCUCUUUUCUUCGUUUCUUUCUUUUACAUUUUUUCUUUGUAGAAACUUCCUUUACCAUUCUUUGUACCCGAGUUUGGGUAGUUUGUUCCUGUUAGUUUCUAGCGGCUUUAGUGUUCACUAAAUCUCAAAAAAGCUUUUAAUUUAUUUUUAAAAAAUUUAAAAUAUAUUCAAUUAGUUGUUUAGCCAUGCGUUUGCACAUUUUUUAUUAUAUGAGAAGUAAAAUCAGAAAAGGAAAAAGAAAAUAUUAUGUGCUUUUUGUGUAGGAAUACCAAUUUGCCAAUUUUGGCGACAGAAGAAGAAGUAUCAGUAGAAUGUGCUCUGAGGCUCCUAAUAUUCCUCUUCUCCGUCCAUAUCAGAUGGGGAGUUUCAGUCUUUCUCAUAGAAUUGUUCUGGCACCCUUAACCAGGCAGAGAUCAUACAACAAUGUUCCUCAGCCACAUGCCUUUUUGUAUUACUCUCAGAGAACAACUGAAGGGGGUCUUCCUAUAGCUGAAGCUACAGGAAUUUCAGAGACUUCUCGAGGGUAUCUUCACACUCCUGGUAUAUGGACAAAAGAACAAAUUGAGGCAUGGAAACCUAUUGUAGAUGCUGUUCAUGCCAAAGGUGGUAUUUUCUUUUGUCUAAUUUGGCAUGUUGGAAGAGUUUCAAGUAUAGAGUUUCAGCCAAAUGGGCAGGCUCCAAUUUCUUGUACAGACAGGCCUUUGACCCUUCAAUCUACUGGCAAUGAAGUUGGACAGUUCUCACCUCCAAGGAGACUGAAAACAGACGAAAUUCCUCAAGUUGUGAAUGAGUUUACAUUUGCUGCUAGGAAUGCAAUUGAAGCUGGCUUUGAUGGAGUUGAGAUCCAUGGGGCUCAUGGUUACAUAAUUGAUCAGUUUAUGAAAGACCAGGUGAAUGAUAGAACUGACAAAUAUGGUGGGUAUCUAGAGAAUCGGUGCCGCUUUGCUCUGGAAGUAGUUGAAGCUGUGGUGAAUGAGAUAGGAGCAGAUAAAGUAGGAAUUAAAUUGUCUCCAUUUGGAGACUAUAUGGAAUCGGGAGACUCAAAUCCUGAAGCAUUGGGACUUUACAUGGCUGAAGCAUUGAAUGACUAUAAAAUUCUUUACUGUCACAUGGUUGAACCAAGAAUGGAAACUGCUGAAGAAAGAACUGAAUGUGCAUACAGUCUUCUGCCUAUGAGAAAGGCUUUUAAAGGAACCUUUAUUGUUGGUGGGGGUUACAGAAGAGAAGAUGGAAACAAAGCUGUGGAAGAGAACAAUGCAGAUCUUAUUGCUUAUGGUCGCAUUUUCCUUGCUAAUCCGGAUUUGCCAAGAAGAUUUGAGCUUAAUGCUCCUCUCAACCAGUAUGACAGAGAAACAUUCUACACACCUGAUCCUGUUAUUGGUUAUACUGAUUAUCCAUUUCUUGAUGCCACUACUUAAGUGUCUGGGUGAAAAUUGAAGCUUAUAUUGUCUCAAUUUUAACUCUUGUAUCAAUAAAAGCAAAAGUUUACAUUGAUAUAGCAAACUUUUUAAUGAGAAUGUAUUUACCGAUGGUUAUACA